AUGGUGCUCGACUUGGACUUGUUUCGGACCGACAAAGGCGGUGAUCCUGAAAUCAUUCGCGAAACUCAGAGGAAGAGGUUUAAGGACGUUGCGUUGGUGGAUAAACUGGUGGCCGCUGACACGGAGUGGAGAAAAUAUGGAAACAUUAGCUGGACACUUGGUGAUUUUGAACUCUUCCAUCAGGAUGCAGACAACAAGGUGGAGCGUACCUGGGGCGACUGCAGCGUCCAGAAGAAGUACUCUCACGUUGACCUGGUGGUCAUGAUCGACGGCUUUGACGGAGAGAGAGGAGCCGUUGUGGCUGGGAGCAGAGGUUACUUUCUAAAGGGGCCCCUGGUGUUCCUGGAGCAGGCUCUGAUCAACUACGCCUUAAGAAUCCUCCACAGCAAGAACUACACCAUGCUGUACACGCCGUUCUUCAUGAGGAAAGAGGUGAUGCAGGAAGUGGCCCAGCUCAGCCAGUUUGACGAGGAACUUUAUAAGGUUUGUGAAUCUCAACUGAAUUCUGUAGUCUGUUUGUUUCAGUAGAGACUCUGUCCUGCA